AUGGGGCCCACGGACGCUGGUCUUCUCACCCAGUUCGGGAUAAUGCAGAAGAUAUCCACUGGGCACAUGGUGUUCGACAUGGCCCUGAUGUUCAUGAUGCCAGUCGUCAUGAAAUAUGCCGCGGGUUACUGGGGCCAACUGAAGCAGUGGUUUCUGGAGAGGCCCCACCCUGAACCGAACAAAUAUGUUCGGAUUAUUGAGUACGCAUGCAAGUCGAGCUCGUCGUGGUGCUCGGACAAUGACAACAACAGGAACAAAGUUCUGCAGGAUAGCAUCCUCAUGUUUCUGGACAGCAAACCAGAUGUUGUUGAGAAAUUCAAGGUCGCCUACUUUAAGUUGACAACUGCAGCAACAGAGGAAGAGGACAGCAUUGAUGACCCAAGCAAAGGACAAGGGGACGAAAUCAGGAGAUACAGAGUGCAGAUUGCACCUCCUGAAAACGUGUGGUUUGACAUCGAGCCAGACAUUCAGUUCAUGAAGUCCCGGAUUAGAACGAAUGAAGGAGACGGCAAUGCCAGUACUGUAGUCACGUUCACUUUUGAGACAGACCUGAGGGAUGGACAGGCCAGGAUUAGCGACUUCGUGGACAGGGCACUUGCAAUGUACAAAGAAAGGAUGGGGAAAAGGAGUGACACAGCCAGGUACUUUUACUCCCCCCAGUUUCCAAAGGAUGCUGACAACCAAUAUAACACCAUCAUCCUGUACAAGCGCUACCUGCUCUCUGAAGAAAAAACGUUCGACUCCUUCUUUCAUCCUGAGAAAGAGGAAUUCCUGAGGCUGGUCGAUCACUUUGUACACAAGCAGGGAAAGUUUGGGAUCCCAGGUUAUCCUCACAAGCUCGGUCUGCUGCUUCACGGUCCCCCUGGAACUGGCAAGACGUCUCUAAUUAAGGCUCUUGCCCAGUACACGCACCGCCACAUUAUCAGCAUCCCACUGUCGAGGGUGCGCACGAAUCAAGAGUUGAUGGACCUCGUCUUCGAUCAGUCGUGCACUGUGAAGGGCGAUUGUACGAUGUACAAGCUGCCGUUCAAGAAGACGAUAUUUGUGAUGGAGGACAUUGAUGCUGCAUGUGAUGUCGUCAAGAAGCGCUCUAGUGCAGCUCCCAAGGCGGAAAAGGCGAAGGCCCCAGUCGGCCCAGAAAAAGUCCCAAGGAAGGCAAACGAAAACGGAGAAGAGACGGCCAAGAACGCGGACCCCCCCGCGAGCUGCAACAGCAACGAAGUUGAUGCGAAAUUUCCUUCAGUUUCAGAAAGGCUACAGGAGGGAAAGGGCAAACUGAAUCUUGCCGGAGUCCUUAACGUUCUCGACGGUGUCGUGGACUGCCCAAACAGGAUCGUGGUCAUGACAACAAAUCACCCAGAGAAACUGGAUCCUGCCCUGAUCCGGCCCGGGAGGGUGAACAAGCAGCUGUACUUCGGAUACCUGCGGCUGGAGGAGGCAUUGCAAAUGGCGGAGCACUACUUUGGCAAACUGGCGGAGGCGGACAAGCGGAGCUUCACCAGUGUAUUUCCCAAUUUGAUGAUUUCUCCAGCGGCUCUGGAAAGCAUGUGUGCAGCGUGCGAUGUCGUAGACGACCUUGUCAGGUGCAUAAAGGUCGAGCACCCAGAACGUAUGUCGCCACAGACCCCGGCAGGGUGUGAAUGCACUUCUGUUUGUGGUGUUAUGGGUGCCUGUGGCGCACAGGGAAAGAUUGGGGACAGGGGUGAGGUCGGGCCUUCCGCGCCGAUUGCCGUGCCGCAGAAGAGAUCCAGCACCCCAUGGAGCCCUAGAAUUCAGCCAAUGAAGCCAGCCGAUGCGCAGGUUGUUGUCUUUUAG